UUGGUGUCGGAGGCUGGAGGCGGUGUUUUAUUGUAUGAAAUCAGUUCGGGAUCAGUUCAGUCAUGGCGUCUGGAAAGACGGUGGACUGCGGCGCUUCCCGCGAAUAGCCGCGAACAAACCGACCUCACGCGACUCCGGCCGCUGCUCUGCGCGUUCCUCCCGCGGAAUAUCGUUUAACGGCACGGUCGCGGAGCUGCCCGGACGCAAGGAGCGCUUAUCCAGCGGCGAAGGUGGGCUUGCAGCAGUAUGGUGGAGCCAGAGGAGCGGCCCUCGGUGGCGGGCCAGAGGCUUGGGGCCCCUGAGAGCAUGGGCAUCAGUACGUUGGAGCCUGGCCAGCGGCCCCCCACCAUGCCCCCCGGCAGACAGAUCUCCAUCCGGGUCCAGAUGCUGGAUGACACUCAGGAAGUCUUUGAGGUCUCGCAACGGGCUCCAGGGAAGGUGCUGUUUGACCUGGUUUGUGCUCACCUGAACCUCAUCGAGGGAGAUUACUUCGGUUUGGAGUUUCAGGACCAGCGUAAAAUGACCGUCUGGCUGGAUCUGCUGAAGCCCAUUUUAAAGCAAAUCCGACGACCCAAGAACACCAUCCUGCGCUUCGUGGUGAAGUUCUUCCCUCCCGAUCACACACAGCUGCUGGAAGAGCUCACCAGGUAUCUUUUCGCCUUGCAGAUCAAGCACGACCUGGCCUGUGGACGUUUGACCUGCAACGAAAGCAGCGCCGCCCUGCUGGUGUCUCAUAUAGUGCAAUCUGAGAUUGGAGACUUUGACGAGGUGCAGUGCAAACAACAUCUACUCAACAAUAAAUACAUUCCCGAGCAGGACACACUGAUGGACAAGAUCAUUGAAUACCAUCGGAAACACGGCGGGCAGACACCAGCUGAAUCGGACUACCAGCUUUUGGAGAUCGCAAGAAGACUUGAGAUGUAUGGAGUGCGUCUUCACCCCGCAAAAGAUCGCGAGGGUACGAAGCUAAGCCUCGCCGUGGCCCAUUCUGGUGUGCUGGUCUUUCAGGGACACACCAAAAUAAAUGCUUUCAACUGGUCUAAAGUCCGCAAGCUGAGCUUCAAAAGGAAGCGCUUUCUCAUAAAACUACGACCUGACUUAAAUAGUAACUGUCAGGAUACUCUGGAGUUUAUGAUGGGAAGCAGGGACUGCUGCAAAGUGUUUUGGAAAAUAUGCGUGGAGUAUCAUGCCUUUUUCCGCCUGUUCGAAGAACCCAAACCCAAGCCCAAACCGGUUUUAUUCACCAGGGGUUCUUCUUUCAGGUUCAGCGGCCGCACACAAAGGCAGGUGAUUGAUUAUGUAAAGGACUCUGAAUUCAAAAAGGUCCCUUUUGAAAGAAAACACAGUAAAAUCCAGUCCAACAGCGGCCUUUCUCCAUUCCCACCCAGGCUGUGUGCUGAGGGUCAAGGAGAGAGGAAUGCCAGUGCUUCAGUACACAAGGCGGACUCCCCUGUUGGGCGCACCCAAGUGACUGUUGAAAACCCAACUCUCCAGCGUUACACUGGGAGUCUAACCUCACAGACCAAUGGAUGCCGAAAUGGGACCCAUGAUGAGGCGGAUGCUCGAUUAAAGCCAUCCCCGUCCAAGCAGCAGGCCGAGCAUCUGAGCACAGGUCUAGCAUCCCAUGCUGCCAAGGGUAGCAGCUCCUCGAUACCUUACAUUGACUGCAGUGACAUAGAUAGUGAAUAUGAUGUGGUCAAAGGCCGUGUCACUAGGUCUCACUCCCACACAUAUGACAAUGAUGAGGUUGAGCCAAACGGCCGUAGAGCAGGCAAGAGUAAUGGUUAUGGAAAUGGUCAGCACAAAGGACAAGGCGCAAACAAGUCCAGAUUCCGGGAGUCUCAUUUGACCAGCCAUCGGUUGGGUCAGAGUUCAGAUACUUUCAAUGGUAGUCAAUUGUCUAAUGGGUCGUUUUGUGGUAACGGAUCACCACGUGCUUUGCCCCUGAGUAGUACCUUGGUGGAUGAAUUGUUUCAGGGUAUGGACAGACGUGGUCUGGUGGCACCUUCAGGUCAUCUAGUUGGUUCCCGGAGUGCAAACUGCAGUCCAGUGUUGAGCAGUUUUCACAAAGCCAGCUCCCUGAACCAUCCAGAGCAGAUCGGCUAUAGCGGUCAUCGCCGUUGGGAUGACGGUAGUCAUUACCUUACUAAUGGCCGAUCUGGCAGUGAGCCUCAACAUUAUGGGAGCUACUCCCCAAUUGUUAAUCGAUCCCCACAUUUGCACAAACUCCAAAACGGCAUGCGCAACCGUUCCGACACUGAUCCCAUGAUUUUGAGCCAGUUAAGUUCAACCCCGGCCAAUGAACCUCGAUCAGCUGUCUCGAGGGCUGAACGUAUGGCUGCCCUUGAACGCCGUGUGGCUGCUAAUGGCCAAGGAGUGGCUAGCCAUGCUCGAUCCAGCAAUGUCCAGAGACUCUAUGGAAGCAGACUGAGUGCUAAUGACCAUAGUAGCCCAGUCCAUAUGAUUGAUGGUUCCACGAGUAGUGGAACGGAGUCUAGUGAUACUGAGUCAGAUGUAGGCAGUAACUCUUACAGUCAGCCCCUAGUCUUUGGAAACCCCGGGGCGGCCCAUUCUUCCCCUAUGCCCCGAAGCAAGUUCUCAUUUGGCAGUCUCCAACUGGAGGACGAGGGUCAAGGGGGAGACAAUGGCUACAGUUAUCCCAUCAAUAAUGAAGAUGGGACGAGCCCUCAGAGCAGCGAGUCUCCGUCUGCAGGCCAGGUGAUGGUGAACGGCCAGAAACAGAGUCUCAGCCUUGGCCAGAGUCCAGACGGACGGCAGCCUUCGCCUCUCACAAGCCCCUUACUGACGGACGCCGGCUUCGUCCGCACAGACGACGAGGAUGAGGUUCGGAGGAAGAGGUUCCCGACUGAUAAAGCUUACUUCAUCGCCAAAGAGCUCCUGACCACAGAGAGAACGUAUCUGAAGGAUCUGGAGGUCAUUACUGUGUCCUUCCAGAAGUCUGUAGGGAAGGACGAGGCCAUGCCGGACUCCUUGAGGAAUCUCAUAUUUGCCAAUUUUGAACCGGUGUAUAAAUUCCACGAGACGUUCCUGAAGGACGUGGAGCAGCGCCUGGCUCAAUGGGAAGGUAGAUCCAACGCACACAUCAAAGGAGACUAUCAGCGCGUUGGAGACGUAAUGCUGGCAAAUAUCCAGGGUUUGAAGCUGCUCACGGCUCACCUUCAGAAGCAUUCGGAGGCUCUGCUGGAGCUGGAGCGCGCGUGUCGCUCGUCCCGGAGGCUGGAGGGUCUGUGUCGAGACUUCGAGCUGCAGAAGGUGUGUUACCUGCCCCUCAACAUCUUCUUCCUGCGCCCGCUGCACCGUCUCAUGCACUACAAGCAGAUCCUGGAGCGCCUGUGCAAACACUACCCACCGACACACGACGACUUCAGAGACUCGCGAGCUGCGCUUGCGGAUAUCUCUGAGAUGGUCGUGCAGCUUCAAGGCACCCUCAUCAAGAUGGAGAACUUCCAGAAGCUCCUCGAGCUCAAGAAAGACCUCACUGGCGUCGACAACCUCGCCGUUCCUGGACGGGAGUUUAUCAGGCUUGGCUGUCUCAGCAAACUCUCUGGAAAAGGUCUACAGCAGAGGAUGUUCUUCCUGUUCAAUGAUGUUCUGAUGUACACAAGUCGAGGAAUGACGGCCUCCAAUCAGUUCAAAGUUCACGGCCAGCUUCCUCUGUACGGCAUGACGAUCCGGGAGAGCGAGGACGAGUGGGGCGUCCCACAUUCCUUCACUCUGUUUGGACAGAGACAGUCCGUCGUCGUGGCAGCCAGCUCGGCGUCUGAGAUGGAGAAGUGGGUGGAGGACAUCAGGAUGGCCAUUGAACUGGCGGACAAAUGCAACGGCUCCUCAGAGAUCCUGUCCAGCAGCUUCACCGACAGCAAAUCCCCCGAGGAGUCUAGCGCCGACCAGGAGUCGGAGGACGACCUGAGCGCCUCUCGGACGUCUCUGGAGCGGCAGGCUCCUCACCGUGGUAACACCACGGUUCACGUGUGCUGGCAUCGCAACACCAGCGUGUCCAUGGUGGACUUUAGCGUAGCCCUCGAGAAUCAGCUCUCUGGGAAUCUGCUGAGAAAGUUCAAGAACAGCAACGGCUGGCAGAAGUUAUGGGUGGUCUUCACCAACUUCUGCCUGUUCUUCUACAAAACACACCAGGACGAGUAUCCUCUGGCCAGCCUUCCUCUGCUGGGAUACUCCAUCACCGUUCCCUCCGAGUCCGAGAACAUCCACAAAGACUACGUCUUCAAGCUCCAUUUCAAAUCACACGUGUACUACUUCAGAUCGGAGAGCGAGUACACCUUCGAGAGGUGGAUGGAGGUGAUCCGCAGCGCCACCUGCUCGUCCAGUCACAUCCGCUCUCUGAGCCGCAAAGAGCCACACGUCUACUGACCAAAGACACACACACACACACACACACACACACACACGUCAGGUUCUCUAUCAGGUCCUCUCUACACACUAUAACACAGUUUUUCGUGUGCUAUAUCGUCGUUUCACUUUACUGAAAAUUUGCAAAUGCUUUGAAGGGUUGAGAUGGAGGUCGGUGCCAGAAACACACACACACACACACACACACACACACACACACACACUCUAUCAUCACAACAUCAGGUCGAAGCCAAACACUUCCAGUUCCUUUCAGUGCGUGAAGACACAAUAUCCUCGUUAGUAAACCGUGGUCCUCCUUCAUGAAACCCAAGAGCUAGUUUGUGUAAACCGUGCAUACGUUUGAGAAGAAUGCCCUCGUGAGAGGUUUAUUGAAUUAAAUGCAUUGGUCAUGUUGAAUGCCGUGGCUCGUUCUUACGAAUGCUUCAUCGUUUUGUGUGUAAGAGUGUUUUCCGAACGCUUUAUUGGACGCUGUGGUGCACGUGAGCUGGAUGCCAGGGUUUAUUCUGAAAACGGUUUACGUCUGAGUUAGUUCUGCGGGUGUUUCAUGAACGAGGCCCUCCGGACUGUUUUUAAAUGUACUGUAGUAUCAGCUUUUAAUGCUGACUACUGCUCUGAUGUUUCUAAAGGGGUGACGCUUUCUGUCUACAUUUCAGUCAUAAAAGAGAAAUCUGGGAAAAAAGUGCAGGUCAUAUUCACCCCAACAUUUAUAAGGGAAAGAUUGUUUUUUUUUUUGCAUUUUCAUGACAGUUUGCCCUAAAAUUAUUAUUUUAAUGCCAAAAAAAUAUUAAAAUUGUUAGUGUAUGUAAAGGUAUUAUUUGUCGUGCAGAAUUGCGUUUAUUAAUAAAAAGAAACUAAUUUUCAUUAUUGUUAAAAAAAUAAUAAUAAUUGGUUUUGCUGCAAAAUAAUAUUUUAAAGAAUAAAUCUUUGGCUGAAAUGUUAUUUUGCACCAAAGCACAAUAUAAUUUCUUCAUUUCUUUAUAUGAAGAUUGUUAUUGUUUAUUUCAGUUUGCCCCGAAAUCUUGUAAGAAUGUAAUGCAAUAGUAUUAUCAUUUUUUUUUUCCUAAUUUCAGUUCAAACAAAACUGUCUGGUUUUCAUUGCUCUAUUAAAUAAAUUGAUGUCACAAGUAAAAAAAAAAUUAUUAUAAAAAAAAAUAAAACAUUUUCUUUUUGGUGCAAAAUAAGGUUUCGCUUUUCACUUUUUUUAAUAAUUUUUAUUUUUAUUUGUAUUUGUAUUUUUUUUGUGGGGGGAGGGUGGAAUGACCUGCUGGUCCCGUAGGCCGCGUCUAUGCACAAGCUGGAUUUGUAAUGUUUUAGGCCUAAGAUGUACGGCACAUGCUGCCUUCAAGCGUUUGUAUCACACUCAAACCUUUCUUUUGUAGGAUGUCAUUUUUAUACGAGUUUUGAUACUAACUGUGAAGAGCUCCACGCUGGUUUCAUGCAGUCCCUCGUAGUUAGCCACUAUUCUGUCAUGGUGCAAGAAACACAACAAAAGAAGGAAGCCGGCUGCCUUUUGUCCAACUGCUUGAGUGCCAAAAUUCUUCUCUUUAAUCUUUUUUUAAGCAUUUGGAGCAUUUUAAUUCUUUCUUAAUUCAUAUAUAUAUAUAAAAAAAAAUCACAAUAUGGAUUAUAUGUUGAAAGAAAUGUAUGUUUGACGGUGCGUGAAUAUGUUCAGAAUAAAUCCAUAUAUCUAUA